AUGUUGCCAUCAUUAGCCCCUCAUGUCUAUCCCAACUUAAGAAUCUCUCCAACACCACCUACACCACCUCCACCAUCCCCACCUCCAACUUCAGCACAUUCUUCAUCUUCCUCUCACAUCUCUACUUCUUCUUCUUUCAGUCCUAAUUCACCCUCAUAUUCUCAUUCUCCACAUAACAUAUCUCCCAUGCAAAGUAUUCCUCCAGGUAGUAGACUGAUUGUGGAUUUACCUAUUGUGACUGAUACUUCUGCUUCUAUACCUAACCAUGAUUCUGAGAUUUUAGGCCACCAUCAUAUGAUCACAAGAUCAAAGGCAGGCAUUUAUAAACCAAAGGCACUUGCCUUAUCCUCCACUAUUCUUCCUGAGCCAAAGAACAUUAAACAGUCUCUAGCUACCCCAGAAUGGAAGCAAGCUAUGGAAGUGGAACUUUAG